CUAAAAAUGGUUGUUGAUUCCGUCCAGCCAUUGUAUGCAUUCCUCCGUUUUGCGGAUCAGGACAAAGUGCCAACAUUGAGUGAGGUGCUCCUGAGAUACACCAUUGUGAAGCAUGAGUAUGAAUCAUUGUAUAAGAAUGAUAGGGAUUCUUUGGAUAAGUACAUGGCAAUUGUCGAUCGAAGAAUGAAUGAUCUAGCCAAUGGGACAUACAUGAAUGCCGCGGCCGCUUUGAACCCCCGCACGCAUUACGCGUAUGGCACAGGUCCAACCUUGUUCGAAGAUCUCCGUGAGGCAUUUGAGCGGCUGACUGAUGUUACUACUGCCGCGGAAGCACUUAUUGAGGCUGAAACGUAUCGGACAAAGUCUCUCUCAUUCUCAGGUCCUCUAGCUGCACGGAUGGCUUGUGACGGCAGGACUCAUCCGGCGCAAUGGUGGUCCAUGUUUGGUUCAUCUACACCUACACUAUCAAUGCUUGCUAGACGCCUAGUGUCACAGUGCGCCUCAUCUAGUGGUUGUGAGAGGAACUGGAGUACAUUUGCUUUCAUCCACACCAAAGUUCGCAACCGAUUAAGCUACAAGAAGCUCCAUAAGUUGGUGUAUGUCAACUACAACCUGAGAAUACAGAACAACUUGGAUGCAGGUAUCAGGUCAACUCUUGAUGAUGAUCCAUUUCAGCGGCUUAUGGAGCUCACAUUGAAUGAGGAUAACAAUCCACUCCGGGACUGGAUGGAGACCGGGAGAUCAAAUGCAGCCCCUGAGCUUGACGAGGAGGACACAGAUAGCGACGUACCCUUGCCUACUCACCUGGUGACAGACACAAUUUUGGGUUUCUGGCUAAGGAGAGCUUGGCUCGUGCAUGCGGGCAACCAGACGGAUUCUAAGCAGGUGAUUAGGCUCUGCGGCGCAUGGAAUGGAUCAGCUCAGGUUCAGUGGAUCAACGGAGAUGACUGGAAAACAAGCAAGAAGCUGGGAAAGUGA